UGAUAUUUGGCAUAUGGCCAGAGAUUGACUCGGAUUACUCCUUAGUACUUUGUGCGAUUUCUUCUUCUUACCUCAUCAUGAUAAGUAUAAUCUGUAGUAAUCAUCGUAUUAUCACGCGAUAGUUGUCGCAUCUGAAACGUGAGCAUCUGGCAACGGUUAUUCUGUGCCACUUAUUCGUAAUUCAGUUGCAGUAUGGAUCGGAUCGUAAAAUUUGCAGUGCUCGUUAGCUUAUUGGUGGGAACGCCUCUGUGUCAUGCAAUCAAUAUUCUCUGCUUGAUGGGAGUUCCUAGCCCGAGCCAUCACAUUUGGAAUCGAGUUCUGAUGGAGGCCUUGGCAGCGAAAGGAUACAACCUAACCAUCGUUUCUCCCGAUACGGAAAAGAUUCAGAAGCCAAACAUGACCUACAUUCAUCUGGAGGAAGUCUAUCAUACGAUACACGAUGGUGACACAGCGAUUGAUUUCUACGAAAUGGCACAACAAAAUCUUGUUACCAGCAUGUUCACAUUCUACGACUACGCAUUCUCCCUGUGUGAAGGAGUCAUGAGAUCGAAGGGCUUGGAUGUUAUUUUAAGCUAUCCAAAUGAUUUCAAAUUUGAUUUGGUGCUGUAUGACUUCACUUGUGGACCGUGUUUGAUGGGGUUGUUCGACAAAUUCGGUCAGCCACCCCUAAUUGGUGUUACUGGUUUCAACAUUCCACCUUACACAGUCGAUUUAAUUGGUGGUCACAAAUACCCCGCAUACAUACCAUAUUAUACACUGACUUACGAUACGGAUAUGAACUUUUUUCAAAGGUUGGAGAAUUCUUUCAUCUACACAGUUGAUCACUUAUAUCGAAACUACUACUACGUGCCGAAGACGGAUUCGAUGCUUCGACGAUUGUCGGUGUUCAAGGAUAUACCAUACUUGGGAGAUUUGGAUAGAAAAAUGAUAUUAAUGCUCGUAAAUUCCCAUCACUCAGUUGACUUCCCGGAGCCUAUUCCGCAAAACAUGAUUCCAGUCGGUGGUUUGCAGAUUUUACCAACCAAACCGCUCCCAGCGGAAAUUGAUGAAUUCAUAAAAGCAUCUAAAAAAGGUGCAAUACUUUUCUCUCUGGGAACUAAUGUUAUGAGCUCUGAUCUGGGAGAAGAACGCAUCCAAAUGUUCUUGAAAGCCAUUGAACAAUUCCCAGACUAUAAUUUCCUGUGGAAAUUUGAAGCGGAUCCCACGAAAUAUAACAUUCCGAAAAAUCUAUUAAUGCGAAAGUUUUUACCACAAAGUGAUAUCUUGGCACAUCCUCGUACCAAGUUGUUCAUCACCCACGCUGGUCUGCUAAGCACUCACGAAGCGACUUGGCAUGGCGUCCCGAUGGUUGGGAUUCCGUUCAUAGCAGAUCAGUAUCGAAAUUUGGAGAAAUCUCUACGAGCGAAUGUUGCGGAAAGGCUGAACGUUUGGACACUGACCACCGAACAAAUAGUUCAGACAGUUAGUAAGGUUUUGAAUGACCCUUCGUAUCGGACUAAGAUGCAGGAGAAGUCUGCCCUGUUCCGAGAUCAGCCGGAAAAACCAUUGGACCGCGCGCUUUGGUGGAUCGAUUGGUGUUUGCGUCAUCCGAAGGCGGAAACUAUUCAAUCACCAACUCUGCGCUUAGGAUUGUGGAAAGGUGAAUUAUAUGACGUGAAAGUAUUCGUCAUUCUUAUUACUGUGGCUGCUAUUGUUUGUAUAUACCGAAUUGUUGGCAAUUUGACAAAACAUAGAAAAGGCAAGGUACAGAAGAAGAAGAAAGUCAAUUAAUUUGUGAUUUUUACUGCUGGAUAGUGACAAAUAAAAAAUCCUUGCUGAAAUUGAAA